CAAGCUUUGAGUCAAAACUGAAAAUAUAAUCAGUAUUAUACGAGGGUAGAUGUUUGUGCUAUGUAUGGUAAAAAUGCUGCUCGCUGUGGUCCGAUAUAUUUAAGCUGUUAUCAAAGAUAAUUACUGAAAAAUUAUAGUAUGUCAUUUCAUAGCACGAUUUAUUUUGAUCCAAAGAAAACAGAACCGCUGUGGUUGCGUGUUACUUGUUUAUCAGCGUUGUUUGCAUUCCUUCCUGCGAUUUCAUCCGUGGAACUGGAAAAUGGCACAUCAGCAGGAUUGUACAUUGAUCUGGAAUACGGGUGUAACAACACGAUCGUAUUACCAUGCCUUUCCGGCAUGAGACAUCUUCACCGGGGUUACGGCGGUACGCUGCGAUAUCGGGAAAUCCCACAGGCUUCCUGCCAAGUAACGGUCACGGCUGUCGUCUGCGAUGGUUCGCCGAUGGCGUCGAGAUUCAGUUUGUACUUUAACAUACGAGAGGCAGUGUUGCUUGCAAAUGACCGCGUGGAGAUUUACCAGCUGUUUGCACCUUCAACAGCAGUCUUGCUAAAGGCUAUUUAUCAUGGUACCAGUAUAUAUCUCACGCGAAGAUCCAUCGCUCAAGCACAGACCAGUUUCGUCGCCGGUAGCAUGCAACUGCGCUUUGAUCUGGUUCGAAGUGCCGGAAACCCCGACCGUCGGCAUCACGUGGACAUCGAGUACACUGUCGUGACCGGUAAUCGUACAUCAUCAUUCGGCUGCGAGUUACAGCUGCUGCAGUACCGGGUGGCUGGACAAAAUGGCAGUCUCCAGUUUUGGACAUGGAGAGAUCAGCUUGCCCGAACAGAUACGAACCAAGCCAGUAUUGGACCAAUCCAGCGAGCCAUGUGGAUCAACGUGGAUGCGCCAGUAAGUCCGCCAUACUCAACAGGUAAACAAGAAGCAUUCCUUGAUGACUUUAUCGGGCACGACUUAAACUACUCAAUAUGGAAUAUCCGAGAAACGAGUGAAGUGGACAAAGUACAAGUAGACACGGUGGCGAAAAACGUUGGGGUAGCGUACGGUUAUUUGUAUAUGCGAGCAACAGCCGUCUACCGCGUCAGUCAUAUUAGCACCGGGGACAAACGCAGUUUUCUCUACGAGGAAGUGGAAAUACGCGCCAAAUUCCCGUCUUCCAGCACGUUACCUGUUCACGCCAUGAUGCGAUUGGUCCGUCGCGAGUGCCAGUUCGACUUUUCGGGGGCGUGCCAAUCCGGAGCCAUCACCAUAGUUGACUAUUACAGCAGGUCUCCUUUCACCGUCUUAGUUGCGACGGAUAAUGGAGAGUACGUCAAGGAAAACUACAUUAGCAAGGCCAAUUUAUCCGCGGAUUUUCAUGUAUACAAGAUGAACUGGAAGCCGAAUUUGAUUGUGAUUUGUGUGGUAUAUCGACAAUAA